AUGGAGUCUGAGGAUCUAGAGGAACUAUUGGAAUCUGUAUUCGAUCUCGAAGAAGAUGAUUGGCAUGAAAUAUAUGCGGCAGAAGGUACUCCCUUGCCUUCACAGCUCCGAUGGAUUGCAAACGAAGGUUCCUAUGUGGUUAAGGACCAGAUUCUUGCCAUCCUCAGCCCAUUACAUGAAGAUGAACAAACCAGCGAUCAUAAAUAUGUGACUUGUGUUGAGGAAAACGAAUCUGAUGUAACGAAUGAUAAGGGAGUUCAAUGUUUAAAUGCUGACGAAUUUGAUUUGUCUGGAAAAAAUGGAAAUUGUUCAAAUAUGGAAAUAGAUCUAGUCAGUGCUUCAAACGUUGAUAAUAAUUAUGAAGAUAUUUCAGCUAAUUUAUCUACAAAAAAACCUGAUAACCUUCUUCUUAGAAGUACUGUAAGUGGAAAACUACAUAGAUUGGUACCGAAUUUAGCUGAAAUUAAAACUAAAAGCGAUAUUUUAGGUAGAAUAGAAUCAAGUGAAUGCAAUCAUGAGGUUGUAAUACACGGGUUAUGUGUUUAUUGUUCCACGCUUGUGAACCCUCCCAAAGAAGAUGAUUAUGAUAUUGAUCAGUCCGAUCCAAAGAGAAGAUGCGGCUCUUUUGAUCAAGUUGUGCCUGGUUUUAUUACAAAUGAUAGCGCAAUGCGAAUAAAUUCGUCACUAGCAUAUGAUAUGGAGUAUAAUGAAAUCCUGAAAGUUUUGCAAAAACGAAAGCUCUGUCUAGUGCUCGAUUUAGAUAAUACCUUGUUACACGCUUCUUCUCAAAAAUUACCGUCGGACGUUUAUGUAGAUGAAAUUGAUUUUUUGAGUAAAGAUGCAGAUAUAUUUAAGGAUGUACAGUAUAAUGAUGAUGAAGGUACUUUGAAAUUGCGGAAAAAGUUUGAAAGUAGCAUUAUACAAACUAUGGUUUAUAAUGAAUCCGAAACCAUGUGUUGUAAAAGUUACUUCAAGCUUAGACCUGGUGUAUUCAAGUUUUUAAAGGAAAUGAGUGCAAAAUUUGAGUUGUAUUUAUUCACAAUGGGAACUAAACAACACGCUUCCAGUUCCCUUAAAAUUCUAGACCCAAAACGAAUUUACUUUGGAAAUCGCAUAUUCUGUAGAAACGAUUCUAGAUCAUCUAUGAAAUCGCUCGAUCGUAUUUUCCCAAAGCACAAAAACUUGGUGCUUAUAGUUGAUGAUACUGAACAUGUAUGGACCUGCAACCUAGGCCUUAUAAAAAUUCAUCCCUAUUUCUUUUUUCCGGACCUAUCAUAUCUACAAUUCCAAGAUAUCAGAACACUUACAAGGAUAUCAGCAGCUUUACAGGCACCUGGAACAUAUUCUAAUUUUGUUUGGCAUAUGUUGGAGGAAAAAAUCUCGGAAAAAACGGAUAGUACGAAUGCUGACAAAAAUGAUGAACAGUUAAAAGAUGGAGAUGGGUUUUUGAUACCAUCAGCGAUUAAAAGAAAGAUUAUUAACUAUAACAAUUUGUUUAUUUCUAAUGAGAGGCCCUCCAAUAUUUACAUAAACCCUAUCAACGAACUUAGUGAGAAAAGUUCUAACACGCAGGAUAACCACAACAGUACUGAGUUAUUUAAAAAGGUCUAUGUAAGGGAUAAUGAUGCGCAGCUUUUAAAUAUUUCUGAACUCCUGGAAAAAGUGCACUCAAUGUAUUAUGACGAAUUCGAUCGAGUGGUUGAUGGGUUUUCGACUGACUCAAUUGCAGUGGAAUAUAACACAUCCUCAUAUGAUGAGCCAACUAGCAAGAAUAUAUCACACGAAGGAAAUUCUAAAUACAAACAAUCAUAUUCACUGGAUAUGGUGAAGCAGUUACUGGAUACCAAGACGCUUCCAGAAGCCGGGACUAUUCUACAGGACAUACGAAAAAAUGUUAUGUCUAAAGUCUGUCUAUAUGCUAAUCCACGUGAUUUUACAUGUCCUAAAACCGGAAGAAUUGUUGACUUUUUGGCUCAUUCGGAUUUUGGUCAGUGGGCCUCUAAAUUUGGGGCAAAAAUUACGAUCUCCUUUGAUGAAUCUGUUACACAUUACUUGUGCAACAACCCUCAUAAUGAUGAGAUUCAGUUCAAGCAUAAUGCUAAAAAAGUACAUGUAAAAUGGCUAGAAGCAGUUCUUUAUACUUGGAAGUUGGUUGAAGAAGAUAAAUUUAAUGCUAGUAAUUGGAGCGAUCCAAUAAGAUCAUUUUGGGAUCUCUUGUAA